AUGGGACUUUGGCAAUCGACGCCAGCAGAGCCGAGAGCAGUAUCAAAGAAGCUUCACGAGUUCAAAUGUGACCAGUCGAAGGAUAAGUCCUCACAUACGCUGGACGUCGAUCUCUCCAACGCUCAUGGCUGGGUCUGGUAUCGCUACCGCCCAACGUGGAUCGAAGCGAAACCGUUCUCAGGCAGACCACUCGAUUUCCCGAUUCACCUUGUGCUCGUACAACAGGGCUCCGAGCAUCUUGCUUUGUAUCCCGUGAGCUCUGACAGUGCUACCUGUCACCUGACCGCAUCGAAAGGCAAAUGGGCUGUGGAUAUUCGCAGGUCCACGGCGGGCGAGGGUCGGGGCGCCGUGGUUGAGUGCCGCUCGCCGCGUGCCCUAGACCUGAAGAACCUCGUCCGGGAAGCUAUCAAUCGUGCCCAAAGCUGGGCAGGCGCUAAAGGUGACCCGGCACCUCUGGCGGCGCACAACCCACUGAACCGGCUCGGCUUCUGCACCUGGUCCGCAUUGGGUGAGACGAACCACGUCUCACGGGCUAUGUUCUCCUCCCUUCUGACUGAGCUCUCGGCCGCGAAGAUUCCAGUGCAAGCUUUCGUCAUAGACGACGGAUGGCAGGACCAACAGCACCGGCAACUUUGGUCUUUCGAGUCGAAUGAGUCCUUUGGCGAUCUCGGCGAGGCGGUGUCUCUUGUCAAGAAGACAUUCGAAGGUCCAGAGGUGGGAGGAUGCGAUGUUGGAGUCUGGCUAGCUCUUAACGGAGGAUACUGGAACGGCGUUCACCCCGACUCACCGCUCGUUGAGAAGUACGGCUGCAAGCCUUUCAAAUAUUCGAACCCCUACGACAGCGGGGAGUAUUGGGUCCCGACAAAGCCUGAGUUCUGGAGCGACUGGUUCGCAUGGCUUAAGAGCCAGGGCGUCUCCUUUCUUAAGGUCGAUAACCAAGCCUCUCUCACUUUCCUGCACGGUAUCCAAGGUGCUGAGGUAGCCACACAGGUGUACACCUUGAUGCUUGCGGCCGCCGACGCAACGUUUGGCCCGGGGAGAGUAGUGCACAGUAUGGCCCACUCCUCAUCUUUCUUCAAUGGCCGGGCCGGUUUCAGUAAGCAGUCCUUCGUGUGGCGCAACAGCGACGACUUCGGCAUGAUCCACGAGCUGCGCAACGCACACCAGAUUUUCGUCUUCUCCAACCUCUCAAACGCACUCGUGUCGAACCACCUCUCCACUGUGCCCGAUGCGGACAUGUUCAUGACAGCCGCGCAGUAUCCCCAAUCUCACGCUGUACUUCGCGCCAUGUUCCCUGGCCCUGUGCUGCUGAGCGAUAAGCCGGCGGAGCAUGACACGAAGCUUCUCGGACGCCUCAUCGCCUACGACGCUAAGGGCGAAGUUCAUGUGGUCAAGUGCGAAAGCGCAGCUGAGCUGCUGCCAAGAAGGUUGAUGGAUACGUCCAUACUGGAUGACGAGGAUGGGACGGCGACCUGGGCAGCGGUCAAGUGCGGGAACGGCGCACUCCUCGCUGCCUUCAACUGUAGGGAUGUCGGCCGUCAAGUCAAAGACAAGCUGAAGCAUGAAGACGUAGAGGACGCGAUGGCCCUUGCCGGGCUAGCAGGCGAUGUCGUCGUGCUCCGUUAUGACUUGGAUGAAGGAGCGCUCACUGCCGGCACUCUCUUCAAGAGCUCGGACGCUGCCAACGACGGCGAGGAGGGGGCAAGGAGGCCUCUUCAAGACGUGCAUCUCCAUGAGAUGGGCGUCGCGCUCUGGCGAGUUGUGCCCGCAGGAAGGAAACAGACAUGGGGCCUCGUCGGGCAGUUUGCGGGUCUGAAUUGCACCAGGAAGGGCAGGUACCUCUACUCUGGUACAGCGACUGCGCAGGGCGACAAACCACUGCCGCGACUCGACGGCGGCAAGAGCGAGAUCGGGAUCCGGAUGUUCGAGGUCAUACCAAACGACAUCGCUUAG